UCUAGUUACUUUUCACUUUACCUUUCUGUUCUCUAUCCACAAUAGCUCAUUUUUCCCUUUACAUUUCUCUCUACUCCAGCGAAGGAAAUGAAGGAUGGAAGAGGAAGCAAGACAAACCCUAUCACUCUCUGCUCCAGCGACCCACUCAUCUCCGACGACCAUCUCAACUAUGGAGACCCUUCCAGCGGCGACGGUGAUCUCUUUGUUCUUCCCUCAGUUUGAAUACUCUCAUGGUUCCUCUCCUGUUAUUUUAACAAAAUGCCAUUGGAAGUCAGUCAUUGACUUAUGUCUCGCCACGAUCCACGACAUAAAUGGUGAUUCAGGAUCAUUUCAAAAAAGUUGCAUCAGGCAUCACAAGGUGCAAAUGAGAGUGGCUCCCAAAUAUCCUUCACUGAGCAUACCAUAUGGAUGGUAUAUUUUUCCUUCUGCAUCGUCUGUUUCAGUAAUCUUUCCCUUGGUGAUUCUGGUUAGUCUAUAGGUAGGGUUGUUCAUAGAAGUGUUUAGAACCAAACUUAGCCAUAAACUGAACUGAUUUACCAUUAAAUUAUUGAACUAAUAUUGAUGCCUUGUACUGAACUAUUAUGAUAGUUUUGCUCUGAACUGUGAUGUUGUGAUAAAAUAUUGUUUCUAUGUUCUGAGUAUAUUCUCAA